AUGGAGUUUCGGCCCGAAUAUGGCCGUCCUCCGCCGGAGUUCUACCGUGGCGUAGACUAUCCUGACUAUCGAGAAUUCCGUGAAGCUGACUACCGCGACUGGCCACGGCACGAUUUCACGCAACAACGUGCACGAUCUCAUUCACGACUCGAUCCUGAGUAUAUUCCGUCCGACUUUCCCACUUACGGCCGUCCGCUAGACAAAUCACUUAGGAGCAAAUCAUUAGAUCAUCGUGAUGCAUUCCGAGACGAUCCAGCACUGUUCGACGAUCGUCGUGGAGUGAAUAUUCCGAUCUACCGCGAACGUAAUGAAAGGAAUUACGACUACGAAAGAGACUUGUAUACCCCAUUCGUUAGAAAAGAGGAUAGACGUGACGGUAUGUUGGAAGCUACCGGUCGAAAUGCAUAUUCACGGGAUGUUGACAUACCAAUGAAGAGGAUGCCUCGAGCACUCACAAGAAGCACCGAGUGGUUGGCUCGACGCAACUACGACGACAGACCUCGCAAUCCACGAGACUUGUCCAGAACAGAGGGGUAUUCGCCGAAGUCGGCGUCGUCGUCGAAACGACACAAUCUGAACAUUUCCGUUGAUCCAGGACGUGGUCGACGAGAGUAUGGGAGAUCUGAAGAGUUCCUCGGCUACGGUCGUGACGAUGGCAGGGAGAUGUACCGCGACGAAAGUAGGCAUAUUGAAGGCGACGUUCGCGGUGGUGGGAAUUCGCACAAACGUCAAGCUCAUUCGAGCUAUCACUACGAGUCGCACAGCGGCGGCGGUGCUGGAUUUGGCUCGCCUUCUCGUCGAGCCAUCACACAGCAACCGAUGCACGGACCUGCGCAGCCAGCAGCUGCUCCGGGAACGUAUCAGCCGAUCCGGCAUCAUCAGGACCUAUUAUUCGUUGUAUAUAUAUCGCUUUCCUACCGUCGCCUCAUCGACGUCGUCGAGGGCUCUGCCAUCACUGCCACACCAGUCCUCUUCCUCCAAUCUGGUGUUGUUUCAAUGAGGAAUGCCUCAAUCUACUCUUUGUUUUUCAGUUAUAUAUAG